UAUAGGUCAAGAGAUUCUUUCAAUCCCCCCGGCAUUACAAAAAAAAGAAACUUUUUCUGAUAUCUCCAAAUCCAAAUCCAAAUACAUAGGUAGUUGUAUACACAUACUCAAGAGCAAAAAACUGAUCACCACGUUGACGACCUUAAAGUUUUAGCCUGCCUAUAAUCGCAAUAUAUCUUCAUGACCUCAUCCAACAUGACGAAGCUUGAAAAUAUUUGAAAAAAUUCGCAGGCUUGUGUCGCAAUUCAAGAAAGGCUUCAUCGCUGAGAACGCACUAGAGGAUUUUUCGAGCUCGAGGAAAGAACUUGAAACAUCAUCUAAGUAUAAAAAUUCAAUUCUCUGCCUUGUUCUCGAUCUGAGAAAUUUCUAAUUCUUGUUCUAGAGCACAACAACAAAAAUGGCUGAAGGAGAAGGAGAAGUUCCGCAGCAGAGCGCCUCGCAUAUUCAGUUGCGAGUGCGCAACCAUCAAGGAGGCGAGGUCCAGUUCAAGAUCAAGCGAACGUCACAGCUGAAAAAGCUAAUGUUAAGGAAUUUACCUUGAAAACUUCUAGAAGAAAGAUACUCACUUUUUGAUUCCUCUCUACUAGCGUGGUGAACGCUUUGUCUUGGUCUUCUACCAUAGUAGCUCAGAAUUUUGUUUGAAGAAAUGAUGUGACGUAGAUGUUGUAUUUUGGUCUUCCUCGGGUUUGUCUCAUAUGCUGGUGAUCAUAUUUCGGUUCUUCUACUUUUCGUUCUCCGCGAACCUAGAACAAGAGACAAAUGCGGAUUGUUGAUACAACAAUUCCCUGUUUGUGUUGAGCUUCAUAUUAAUCCCCAUCCCGUUCUACUUCCUAACGUAGUUCUUGCAGUUACCUGUUCACGAUGACGCCCUCUAAUCUUAGAAGCGUAUUGUCAGCGGACCGGAGUACGGAUGGGCGAGGUCCGCUUUAUGGUAGACGGGGAACGAAUCAACGAGAACGACACCCCAGACGGUUUGGGUAUGGCGGAUGAGGACCUCAUCGAUUGCAGCGUGGAACAAACUGGAGGAGGCUGGAGGAGGAAGCAACAAGAACGACUUUAG